AUGCGGGGCGUUCAGGAGUGCCUCACCCACCGACGGACCGUACCGCGGGCGACGCCGUGCAACUUGGUUCUCUUGGGCACCACGGGUAUCGGCAAGACGACUCUGCUCCAGCAGUUCAUCACGGGGACGUUCCGCCUCAACCAUAUGCCGACAACACUUGAGACGAUGCUGCACCACGACGAGGUUGACGAUGAUGUGUACAUACUACACCUCUGUGACUGCUCCGGCAGUGACGAGUUUAAAGGCCACCGCGCGCCGUACAUCGCACAGGCUGAUGGUGUGAUCCUCACAUAUGCCAUCGAUAAGAAGGCGUCACUGUUGCGCCUUGUUCAAUACGCGCGGGAGGUGCAGCACGCACGCAAGCGUUAUGGCGUGAAGGUGAGCGUCCCGCUGCUGGUAGUUGGCACGUGCGCUGACAAAGCGGAGCGGCGCGAGGUGCCGCUUGAAGCGGCGGAGCGCAUCGCGGCGGAGUGCAUGUCGCAGCUCGACGUGAGGCUGGCGAGGCGCCAGAAGAAGUGCGAUGCCGACGCACCCACGCUGCCGUGCGGUGUGUCAACUACACACCCGGUGCUGGAGGUCGCGUGCACUAGACGUGACGAUGUGGUGCGGGCCAUGCAUGUGAUGGUGCGAGGGGUGCGGCAACACCGUGCAACAUCGCGCCUCCCCACUGCCGCUGCCAUCUACCCGGUGCCGAAGCCUCGCCCCCCACCGUUGUUGAUGCCCCUCACUCUCCCGAUUGUGGAGAGCAUCCCCGAUGACGCCUCUGCGGAAGAUGACACAACGCCAACGAUCGUCUCUUUUCUCCCACAGAUGUUGCUGCAGCGCUCGUCGGAGCUGAAGGUGGUGAACGAAAUAGAAGAGGGCACUGCCUCUACGAAGAGCGUCGGCGUGACGCACAGCAUUGACUCUGCUUCAGAAGACGAAGAGGAAGAAGUGGAGGUGGUAGGACGGUGUAGCAGAGUAUUUCUAAGGAACAUUGCGAAGAACCGCGAAGAGAAUGAGAAGCAGAAGAAUAGAGAUCAAGAGCAAAAUAAUGAACCAUAUCAAGAACAACUGCACGAAAACGAGCACGUGCAGCAAGAACAAUGCCAAUCGCGACAACAGCAACGAGGCCAAGGGUCAGAGCGGGAUGCUGAGAUCACCAGUUUAUCAGCAUGGACAAUAUUAGACGCACCGGAUCAUACACCUAGUGAAGGGCGGCAACCAGACGCAUGCCUGGUGGGGAUCCUGCGCGGGAGGAAUGAAGUAAAGCAGGCAUGUGACGUUGAACACUGUCCCACCUGCCACCUCAUGUAG